AUAAUAUUUUCAAAUAUUUGUAAAAUAAAAAUGUGUUGAAGAGCCUUAUUUAAAAAAUAUAUAUGUUUGCUAAUUUGUUGUCGCAGAUUUGUGUGUUCUAUUUUCCUUUUAGCUCGUAUUUAAAAAAAAAAGUUUAUAUACCUUUUAGGACAUUUUCCUGCGCGGGAAAUUUCUCUGCCCCAUCUGCAAGUCUGGAGGUGUUUCUCUGCAUUCAUUAAAGGACUGAAGAAGCGUGAACACGAGUUUAGAUUGACUUUCUUUGCAAAAAACUUUAAAGAAAACAAAAUGAGUCCAUCUCGCUCUAGGGCCCCCCAGCCUCCUUCCACCAGGAUGAGUUUGCGGAGCUUCCGUAACGUGCCCAUGGAGACAUCCUCUUCCUCCUCAGAUGACAGCUGUGAUAGUUUUGGCUCGGACGGUGGCUUUGCCAACACGAAAAGUAUCUUCAGAGAAGCUAAGAAGGUGGCGGAGAGAGCCAAGGUGUUUGAGGCUAGCUCGGAGGAAGAGUCUCUCACUGGGUUCGAGAAUGCUUUCAGCAGUAAAAUGAGUGCCAUGAGAGUGGACUCUGACUCGGAGGAGUCGUUGGUGCCUCGGCGGAAGGGCCGUCGGUCCCAGACCCUGAAGGUGGCCAUGAAGUUCCCCACCAGGAGGGCCACCCAGAAGACUACUGCAGCAGAGCCCUCUAAACAGCCCAAAAAAGAGUCUGACUCCAAGGAGGGAGGCAACUUCAUGGACAAGAGAGCGCUUAACAUUAAGGAGAACAAAGCAAUGCUUGCAAAGCUGAUGGCAGAACUCAACAAAAUACCUGGCUUCCCCAGAAGAUCAUCUCUGCCUAUGAUGAAUACGCCUCGCCGUGCCCCCCGCCAGUCUCUGGGAGCCUCAGGACCCCGUAGGAAGAACCCUGAACGCACCUCUCGGCCCCACACUCGCUCCCGCACCCUGGUGGACGGCCCCCCCAGCCCUCCUCCAGAGGAAGAGGAGGACAAGUUCAACCUGGUGCGCAGGAGCCGCUACUAUGAGGAGGUGGAUGAGGCGAAGGCGCCUCAUCGGCGUAACUACAGCUCGGGGCUAGCUAUUCCUCAUGUGGUGCGGCCUGUGGAGGACAUCUCCCAGAUGGAGCUGGAUCUGAUCGCCAACAACGUGCGGGAGAAGGUGUACAACAGCUCCACUGGAUCCACUUGCCACCAGUGCCGCCAGAAGACGAUCGACACCAAGACCAACUGCCGUAACCCGGAGUGUGUGGGGGUGAGGGGUCAGUUCUGUGGCCCAUGUCUCCGUAACCGCUACGGAGAGGAGGUCCGAGAUGCCCUGCUGGAUCCUGAGUGGGAGUGUCCGACAUGCAGAGGGAUCUGCAACUGCAGCUUCUGUAGAGCCAGAGAGGGUCGCUGUGCCACUGGAGUCCUGGUCUACCUGGCUAAAUACCACGGCUAUGACAACGCCCAUGCCUACUUAAAAAGCCUUAAAAAGGAAAUGGACGAGAGCCAGUAAACCACGGAGGGCGUCACCUGAUUCUGGACCUGACUGACAAGCGUUGUGUUAAAUAUCUCUAUAUUCCAUAAUGCAAAACGGUUAAUUCUUCUAUUGUUCCUGAUUCUGUAUUUCUUACAUUGUUUUAAAUGUAUAAAGUUUUACCAUCAAUUACGUGAUGUAAUUUGAUGAGUCUUCCUCACUGUUUAUACUGUUAUGAUGAAUAUCUUCAAUGUUUAUAGUUGUGUUUGCUUGUGAUCUCACUUUUAACCUGCAAGUUGUUAUAAACCCAAAUAUAUAUCAAAUGUGUAAUAGGGCUAGUUGGGCUCUACGGUAAUUGUACUCAAGAUUCAUAAAUUUGUCUGUAAGAAAAUGAGCUUUUAACUUCAAUAAGGCUUAUCUGCUGUUUUAGUCUCAGCUGUUGGAAAGUAAAAAAUGUUACGGUUACUCUUGACUAUUUGGCAGUCUGUCACUGUCCCACAAUGCCCCUGGGGUGGAGAGGACACAGUGAGCCAUUGACCCCCCCCCCCCCCCCCUGGGCUGAGAGGAACUGUGAUAUCUGACAGUGCCUGGUUAUAUCCUUCAUUAGAUAACUGUCACUAAUGGUGUGGAAACAAUUAGCAGUGUCUAAUGGGAAUCUCAUACCUGUAAAUCAAUUCUAUUAAAGCACUUUCUCGCUCUC